AUGAAGCCUCAGUUCCUAACCUUGGGUAAAGGUAUCCUUAUAGACCUUCAUGAUAACCACUUCUGGUCCAGAUUCUGGUCAGAGAUCACCACCAUCAACGACAUCGACAUCACCAUUGAAGAUAUCCAUCACGUGAAGCUGCAAAAUGCUGUAAAUUUCAUGUCUUUGAUUUAUAAGUGUUUCAUGAAAUUGAAGCACUACGCCGAUUCAGACACUUGCGAUGCCCACCUACUCAAUGUUAUUCAUAUUCUCACAAGGCUAGUGCCUGUGCUUUACGAGGACGAGACAAUUUCGACCAAAUUUCUCCGUUCAAGGAAUUAUAGUCCAUUUGAUUUCAUACCUUCAUCCAUAGGUCCUCCGGGAGAAGACAACGGAGACAUCCUAGCUAUGACGGUGCUACAGUCCAUUGUAAAGCUUCUUUUCCUUAAGGGGUUCACGUGCAAGAGAGUAGGGAUGUGGGAGCCAGGGAUGGGAUUUACAGCCAAAUACCAAACCCCGGACUUGGUGAUGGAAAAUAAUCGUUCUUUGGUGUUGAAACUUCUCAUAGUACUUUGUGGGGAUUCUAUGUAUCAGUCGCCAUUACGUGUAGCGUCAAAGGGGUCGUUGUUCACGUCAUUAUUGGUUUCGGCCCUUCCGAAACAAGAAACCUUAACUUUGACUUGUUCCCUUAUCAAUGUCUUGUGCCGGUCCACCAGAUCAGAUAAUGCCAUAGAGUUCAACGAUAACUCCUUGAAAGUGUCUCGUCACAGUUAUGUGUGUAAUUGUGCCCAACUACUCACCAUAAUGUUGAUUUAUCCAUUACCUAAAGAUCCUUUACUUGAUCAAUUAUUGGAAAGGAAACCUUAUAAUAUGCCUCGUUUGUACAUCACUAAGCUCCACAAAGACUCAGAAAUCCUUUUCUUUGGGUCUGCCUUGGUCAAUGGGUUGAAAACUGAUGAUUAUCGUCCACCACUAUUAGCCAUGGAAUUCCUUAUGAUAUUCUGGGAGCUUUAUCAAUGCAAUGCCCGAUUCAGAAUCAUAGGAGAACCAUUGAUUCUUGAGCUAAUGAUCAUCUUGGUCCAUUACAUCAAGUCCUUCACCCAUCCUCAGUAUAAGAACCUCACCAAGUUAUGUUGUAUGAUCCUUCUUAGUUUAUCAUACAAUCCUCCUAAGAAACUAAUGGACCCGUACCACGAUAUAUCCCUCCCUAAUGCAUCGUACGAGAAUGGUCCUACGCUCAGAGAUAUCAUUGUCAUCCACAUUUGUCAAAUCUUGAGUAAGCAUGUGGUUCGACCUGAAGAUCAGUUUUUGGUAUCGACAUUGGUGGAGAUAGUGUACAAUGUCGUACCCCUUCUAGGGCCGAAAUUUCCAGGAACUAACGAUCACAAUAAGAAACUCAACAAUCUUAAUCCUGACGGAGGUUUAAGUUAUCCGGCGUCCACGUCGUUGACCAAUUUGGUGGUGAGAUUUUCAUCUAAACCUUUCCUUUUGAAGAAUCCAGCCAACCCCGAUUUGUUGGCAUUGCUAGUACGAAGCAUUUGCAUUGCUGCGUUCCACAACAGAGCUUCUAGGAUGUUGGUAUUCACCAUGUUGAAGAGCGAGAAGAUCUUUGAAACCUUGGCCACUGUGAUUGGUAGUUUGAACAAUGAGUAUUUUGACGGCAAUACGGUGAUGUAUAGGAUAGAGACCUUAGCCAGUGCUGAAACCACCCCAGUAACUAUUCAGGCUACUCAGACCACCGCGCCUACACAGCCAACCAUACAAUCAAACUUCCAAACCACACAAUCAAUCGAUUCAGCUCCACAGACUGAUGAUGAGGAAGAAUCUCCAGAACCCAUGGAAGCUGAAGAACAGGAGAUCAAUGAAUCCCUUAGACCUACCAAACCUCUGGGAAUGAGUAAGAAAUUCAAAGGCAAGCAGAAACUUCACGACACCAUCAGUAACACCUGGAGUGGUAAAGAAGCCCUCAGAAUCAUCAAUAGUUUGAUCAUCCCUUUUGUGAAGAAUUCGUUGAACGACAUUUUCGGUGAUACCGAUACCUUCACAUUAGUUGAACAUAUUGAAAAGUUAGACUUUGAACCUAUCAUCACUACCAAAAGCAUCAACCACGAGUACCUUCCUACGUCGAAGUUCACACCGUUGAAAUUCCAUUGGGGGUCUGUAUCAUUGGGGUGGUACACUUCAUUGGUGUACUUCUCCGUAUACUACCAAAUAGAUAAUGUCAGUGCUGUGGCCAGUAAGAAUAAACUCAUCAAGAACAUCACUUCAUUCAUGUCAUUUGGUAUGUUCAGCGAUGCUAGUUCCAACUUAGAGAACCCUGAAACCAUUAGUGACAUCGAAAAGACCAUUUCUUCGACCAAUGUCUGGAACGGCACCGCCAUCAAGUUAUUCAAAAUUGAGAACAACACCGGAUUCUUCGAUUCCUUGAACCAUAAACUCGUCAAUGAAAGCCGUUUAUCGUUAUCAAGAAGAUUAAGUGAUUUGAGAUUCGGAAAGCAAUCUCCACAGAUGUCCCCUAACCUCAACUCCGGACUCAGUACUCCGAAAGAAGACCAAGAACUGUAUUUCCCCCGGAAAAACUCCGUCACAUCGUUGCAUUCAUUGAACACAUUGAAUCGUUCUCGAACCGCCACCCCUAGGAAUUCUAUAAGUAUGUAG